AUUCGUUGAAUUAUUAAUUUGCUUCUGUUUGGUCUGCAAAUUUCUGGACUAUAUUACUAAGUUAAUUAAAAGCUAAUUUUGACAAUUGCGAUGUGUUUCUUCUAAAGGGGUCCAAAGCUUUCAUUAGAAUGUUUUGGGGGUCCGUGACCAACAAAAGAAAAUGGCGAGUGAAAUCAGAGAUAAUGUGAAGGAAUACUAUGGCAAGGUUUUGGCAACGAAUGAAAAUCUACAGACAAAUGCUUGUGUACAAGUGGAAAAAGUUCCAAAACGGGUUAGGGAAGCAAUUUCACUUUGCCACGAAGACGUUUUAUCAAAGUAUUAUGGAUGUGGCUUGGUAUUCCCAAAUGCUGUUGAGAGUACAAAGGUUUUGGAUUUUGGAAGUGGUGCUGGUCGAGAUUGCUUUGUAAUGAGUAAACUUGUUGGCGAAGAAGGAUUUGUGACGGGUAUUGACAUGACUGAAGAACAGUUGGAUGUUGCAAACAAAUACAUUCAAUAUCACAUGGAUAAAUUUGGAUACACUUCACCUAAUGUUGAGUUUAAACUUGGAUAUAUUGAAAAUCUUAAAGAUGCUGGAAUAAAAGAUGAAAGCUGUGAUUUGAUCAUAUCAAACUGUGUCAUCAAUUUGUCUCCUGAUAAGCCUUCUGUUUUUAAAGAAGCUUUCAGAGUUCUCCAGGAAGGUGGAGAAUUUUACUUCAGUGAUGUUUAUGCAGACCGUGAAUUACCCCAGAAUAUCAAAGAACAUAAAGAACUCUGGGGGGAAUGUCUGGCUGGUGCAAUGUAUUGGAAGUCAUUUGUUGAAUUAACCAAAGAAAUUGGUUUCUCUGGACCCUAUUUGGUCACCAGUCGACCAAUGACCUGCGGAAAUGAAGGACUUGAAAAGGUUUUAGGAGAUUCAAAGUUUGCCUCAGUAACAUAUCGGCUAUUCAAGACAAGCAAGAAAACACAAGAAAAGGAUUGCAUCUCUGUGAAAUACAAAGGUACAAUAAGCGAUAGCCCUAAUGUCUUCAAAUUUGAUCAUAAGAAUUCAUUUGAUUGUUCUUUCAAGCCUGUUAGCGCUGACAUUGGGCAUGUUUUGAAAAACUCCAGAUAUGCAAAACAUCUUGAAUUUAUGACAGUUGAGCCUGAUUGUUCCAGAAGUUUUGAAAUGUCUGUUUCACCUAAUCCAUUUAAGGUGGCUAACGUCGUUAAUGGAAACAAUAAAAAACCAACAGCAACAUCCAAAAGUUGUUGUUAAGUAUGAUGGUCGUAGUCAAUUUUUGGACUCACUUUUUUCUAUAACCAAGUUAAUGUGCACCUGUGAAGGAAUAUACUUCACAAGAAAUGUAUCUUUUUAAUGAUUUACAGUAGAAUGUUGCAUUUCUGCUCCAUGUAGUCAAUUUUAAAAUUCACCAAUUUACCUGAGGUGGAGGUAUUGUUAUUUGAUAUAUUAAAUGGUCAGCGUCAGUAAA